AAAAACUACCAGUUUGUUUUAGCUUUGGCUUUUGCAAUUGAAGAAGUCAAAACAAAUUAUCAUCUUUUACACAACUUGACUCUGGGAUAUGAUAUCUAUGAUGUGCAAAUUGGACAUUGGCUAGCAUUUAAAAAUCCCUUCAUUUGCCUCUUUGGAAAUUACAAGAGUCCAAACUACUCCUGUAUGAAAGAGAGCAAGUCCAUAGCAGUGCUCACAGGACCAUCAGGAUUAACAUCUGCCCAGAUUGGAAUGUUGCUAGGCCUCUACAGUUUUCCACAGCUUACCCUUGGGCCUCUUAAUCAAGGCCUGAGUGACCAUUACAAGUUCCCUGCUCUGUAUCAGAUGGCCCAGAAGGACACAUCAAUAGCUACUGCCAUGGUCUCCUUACUGAUUCACUUCAACUGGAACUGGGUGGAUCUGUUUACCAUAGAAGAUGAGAAAGGUUUGUGGAUUCUUCCUGCAUUGAAAAAAGAAAUGGCCAAGAACAGAGUUUGUAUAGCCUUUGAGCUAGCUAUUCCAACCAGUGGUGUAUCAUACACACUCAAAGUCAUGUCCCUUUAUAAGUAUAUUAAUAAAUCCUCAGCAAAUGUCCUCAUCAUAUAUGGUGAUGAUGAAUCCCUACUAGAUUUAAUGAGGUGUAUUGAGCAACUAUUAAUAAAAGGUAAAGUUUGUAUCCUGAACUCACAGUGGGAUUUAACCAUCAAAAAGAGAUAUUUCAUGCUAGGCUCAUCCCAUGUACCUCUCAUUUUCUCGCAACAUCACCCAGAUGUUUCUGGAUUCAAAGAUUUUGUCAAGUCAGUUAACCCUUCCACAUACCCAGAAGAUUAUUUUCUUGCUCGUCUAUGGUUUCUGUCUUUUAAUUGCUCAGAUUCUGAGUCUGACUGUGUAACAUGGGAGAACUGUCCUCAUGAGGCCUCCUUGGAUUGGGUGCCUGGAAACAUUUUUGACAUGACUAUGUCUGGAGACAGUUACAAUGUGUACAAUGCUGUGUAUGCUGUGGCCCAUGCUCUCCAUGAAAUGCUUCUUUAUCAAUCAGAAGUACAAACAAUGGGAAACAGGAAAGGGAGAGUGCAUUCAACUGCACAGCUGCACCCUUUUCUGAAGAACAUCAAAUUUCAGAAUCCUGCUGGAGAUCAGGUGAUUUUAGAUGACAAAAGCAAAUUGGAGGCAGGGUAUGACAUUGUGAACAUUUGGAAUUUUCCAGAAGGUCUUGAUCUUCAGGUGAAAAUAGGAAAGUUUUCUCCAUUUGCUCUACAUGAUCAUCAAUUGUCUUUAUCUGAAGAUAUGGUAGAAUGGGCCAUAGGAACUACAGAGCCUCUUCAAUCUAUCUGCAGUAAGAGUUGUGGUCUUGGAUUCAGGAAAUCUCCUCAGGAGGGAAAGGCUGCCUGCUGCUUUGAUUGCAUUCCUUGUACAGAGAAUGAGAUGGCCAAUGGGACAGGUAAGUAUAUGGAACAGUGUGUGAAGUGUCCAGAUCAUCAAUAUGCCAACACAGAGAGAAACAAGUGCCUCCUAAAGGCUGCAAGUUUUCUGGCUUUUGGAGAGCCCUUGGGGAUGGCCUUGGCCUGUAUGGCUCUUGGUUUAUCUACACUCACAGCAAUUGUUCUUGGGGUUUUUGUGAAACAUCACAACACCCCCAUUGUCAAGGCUAAUAAUCAGGCUCUCAGCUACAUCCUGCUCAUCUCCCUCGGCUUCUGUUUCCUCUGUUCCUUUCUCUUUAUUGGCCAUCCCAACACAGUCACUUGCAUUCUACAGCAAACCACAUUUGGAGUUGCAUUCACUGUAGCUGUUUCUGCUGUCUUGGCCAAAACUGUAACUGUGGUUCUGGCCUUCAAGGUCACUACUCCAGGGAGAAGGAUGAGGUGGCUGCUGGUGUCAGGGGCUCCUAACUUCAUCAUUCCCAUCUGCACUCUGAUCCAGGUAACUUUCUGUGGAAUCUGGCUGGGAACCUCUCCUCCCUUCAUUGACACAGACACACACUCUGAACAAGGCCACCUCAUCAUCGUGUGUAACAAGGGCUCCCUCACUGCUUUCUACUGUGUCUUGGGAUAUCUGGGCUCCCUGGCCCUGGCCAGCUUCACUAUGGCUUUCAUGGCCAGGAACCUGCCUGACACCUUCAAUGAAGCCAAGUUUUUGACCUUCAGCAUGGUGGUGUUCUGCAGUGUGUGGCUCAGCUUCCUGCCUGUCUACCACAGUGCCAAGGGCAAGGUCAUGGUGGCUGUGGAGGUCUUCUCCAUCUUGGCCUCCAGUACAGGGCUCCUGGGCUGCAUCAUUGUCCCCAAGUGCUACAUCAUCUUGUUAAGGCCAGAUAGAAAUUGUCUGCCUGGCUUCAGGGAUAAAAGACAUUGA